UCCUCCUCCUCCUCCUCUUUCCGUUCCCUUUCCUCCUCCACCUCCACCACUUCCUCCAGCCCUCCUCCCUCUCUCUGCCCACCAUGGCGGGCGGGGGGGACAUGCGGAGGGCGUGUCCGCACCAUCGCAAGUCGCUCUUCUGCAGACUCUGGCGAAGAGGCGUGCUGGGCAUGAUGGCGUCGGCGCGGGUGCUGGUGGUGCGCGGGUCGCUGUUCCUCAACGCCGUUCUGGUGCUGUACCUGUGCCUGUCGUGGCUCUCCACCACGCCCACCACGCGCCUCGUGCCCUCCUCCUCCGCCUUCAGGGGCGUGAGCUCGGCGCCGCCUCUGCCCGCCCUGCCCAUGCCCGGCACGGCGGAGGGCGCGGAUGAGGGCGGGGCGCCGCUGCCGCUCCCCGUCGGGGCGGGGGGAAACCUGGCGGCGCCCCCGCCCGCGCCGCAUGGCUCGGCGCCCCUCCACCUGCCGCCCUUGUCGCCCGAGCUGCUGGCCGAGGGCGCCGCCGCCCCCGCCGAGCUCCGCGACAUGGCCCUGGGCGGGCGGAGGACCCUGGGCCAGCGCGUGGCCGACGAGCCGCACGCCGACGGCGGCGCAGGCGGCGCGGCCCCGGGGGCGUCGUCGCCGUCCGCCGCGGCCGCGGGAGGCGAGCAGGAGGAGCCGCCCCGGGAGGUGCAGGAGAGCGCGGGCGUGACGGAGCAGCUGGUGGCGGAGCCGAUCGUGACGGAGCCACCCGACCCGCCGCUGGACUCGCAGGAGCGCAAGAUGUACGCGGACCUGCGCGAGUGCUCGACGCGCUCGCUGCGCCCCUUCUACCAGCAGCGCGGCGACUACUGGGUGCUCGAGAACUACAUCCCCGCCGCCCUGGCCUUCCGCUGCGACGAGUCCAUCACCUACACCACCCACGGCGACUUCACCUUCCUCGACAACCUGGAGCCGCUCACCUCCAGGUGGCAGGGCCCGGUGAGCGUGGCGGUGUACGCGCCGGGGACGGACUUCAACGACACCGUCAACACCAUCCUGUAUCUGCGCGACUGCUGGGCGGAAGGCAUCAAGAAAUACGUCACCUUCCACCUGUUCUUCCACGUGGCGCACACGCCCAAGAAGGUGCCGACGACGGAGGAGCUGCUUCGGCGCAAGACGGACUGCGCGCAGGAGCCGCCGCGCUGGGCCAACGUGACCACGUACCGCCAGAAGAAGAAGCUGCUGUACCCCGUCAACGUGGCCAGGAACACGGCGCGGCAGGCGGUGCAGACGUACUUCGUGCUGCCCUCGGACGUCGAGCUCUACCCGUCCGUCAAUUUCAUUCCAGAAUUCUUCAAGAUGCUGAAGAAGCCCGACGUCUCGAACAGCACCAACCCGCGCGUGUACGUGUUCUCCAUCUUCGAGGUGCGGGACAACGCGACGGCGCCGGAGACCAAGGGGGACCUCCAGCGCAUGCUCAAGAAGGGCGACGCGAUCCCCUUCCAUAAGAACGUGUGCGCCAAGUGCCAUAACGUGCCCAUGUCGAAGGAGUGGAUCGCCGCGCCGCUGCACCCGGGGAUGUCCGUGUUCCACGUGGGCAAGCGGCAGCCGCCGUACCACAAGUGGGAGCCCAUCUACGUCGGCACCAACAAGGAGCCUCUUUACGACGAGCGCCUCUCGUGGGAGGGGAAGAGCGAUAAGAUGACGCAGAUGUACAUCCUGUGCGUCCGCGACUACGAGUUCCACAUCAUGGACAACGCCUUCCUCGUCCACCGGCCAGGAAUCAAGAAGCUGCACAAGGACCCUUCGCGAGACCGGGUCGUGGCCAAGCAGAACACGGCCAUCCGCACCAAGAUCCUGCCAGAGUAUAAGACCAUGUUUGGGUAUCGGAAGAGCUGCGUUAUUUAAGGAGGGCGAUUUUUAGGACAAGGCUGGGGUGGUUGGGUGGGGGUAUUGUGGGGAUAUAGGGGUGGGAGGGUGCCAUUGGGUGGGAGAGCUUCGUUGUGCAGUUGCUGUGGAUUUGCGUUUCGUGGGCGAUUGGUUAUUUUUUUGCGUUUCUUGAUGUUUUGUAGAUUUUUUUCUCUUCUUUUUUUCUUUCGUUAUUUUGAUGUUGGAUUUACUCCUUGUGAUAUAAGGAAACAAGAGUGAUUUAGAUGUUAAGAUUUUAUUGAGUGUAAAAUGUAAUGUUUUUAGGUAUUGAUUUUCCACAUUUUGUUAUGCCAAGAAUAACAAUAUGGGGGAAUGUUUAUUAUUAUUAUUAUUUUUAUUUGUCAGAGUGAUUGAUAGCUAAAGAUAUGAAUCAUGAUAAAGAUCGGUUUAUGUGCAUCAAACUGACAUAAAUUAAAAGAACUGUUAUGCUUUGUAUGAGUUAUAUAGUAUACAUGGACUGUAUGAUACAUUGUACAGUGAAAAAGUUUAUAUUGAUGUUAUACAUAUUGUUAACUUCGUGAUGCAGCAAUUUACGAUAAGGAAUAUUGGGCCUUAUGGUGAUGGGGUACUGUUUAUGUAUGCAUUCAUUCUCAGUGGUGUCUAUAGACUUCCAGAAGGGCAGGGGGGAACUCUGUUGAAAAACAGGGCACCCUUAUGACUUAAUUAAAGGGCAGUUUUCUUUCCCUGAUCAUUCCUGAGAGCAUUUCUCUUUUCCUGAUUUCGACCAAAAGGCCUUUUUCAUGUGGAAAGGGAAUAGCCAGAGGUUCGGGUACCCUGAGACUCCUUGUGCCUUUCCUGUUUUAUUUAUUUUUAUGCUUAUUCUUGAGAAACUACAAGUUUAUUUUUUUACAAUGUAUUUAUGGUAAAGAAAUGAUCAAUCUGAAGUAUCAAGGAUAAGGACUCGUUGGUUUGUGUAGGAAACUUCGAGACUUUAUAUCCAAUUAAGAUUCUUUUCAUGCUGGAUAAAACCCAGUGUAGCAUUUUUGUUAGGAUUAAGAGGUGAAAAUCUUAUCAGUCAUUUAUCAACAUAGAUUGAUCUGUGAUGGAUAAGAAAGAAGAAAAAUAAUGAACAUGAACAUCAGGGAUUGGUAUAAGUUUUCAUCCUAUUUGAUAUGUUUAUAACUACAGCUUCUAUUGGAAUUUGUUUAAGAUAGGCAGGCUAAUAAGCAUAUUCGUCAGGGCAUGUAUAAUAGGGAUCAAUCCAUUAGGGAAUUAGUAAUAGAGGAAGGAUGCCUGUGUGUAAAAAAAAUGAUGAGAGUAUUUUAAUAGAGAAGCUUGAGUACUGAUAAGUAAUGGUAGGAGUGAAACAUGGAUAGAGAAACGUUGAUUAAUGUUAAUAGAGAAUAAAUGUUGAAACAUGGAUAAGUAUAGGGAAUAAUGAGGGAACAAAACACACAACCUUGUGUUCUUAGAAUAGACUUGAAAAUAGACUAGCCUCUGGUUUUUCAAGGGUAGGAAUGUGUAUAUGUAUAUGUAUAUGUAUGUGUGUGUGUGUGUGUGUGUGUGUGUUUUUCUUUGAUUUCAUCUAUGUCUGUGCCUUAUGGUAGGACUUUUUAAUCUAUUACAUAUGGGUUUUGUUGUGAGGGAAUCAUGCAGAGUGUGAUUGUAUAUAUUUUCCUGAUUUAUUGUUUGGUUAGAAAAUGCUGUGUUAAGAUAUUAGUUUUUACACACACACACACACACACAUACUGUGUACACAUCUGUAGUUGAACACAUACACAAACCUAUCUUUUCUUUGCUGUGUAUGGUGGCCUUGCGGUCACUGCAACCUAUGAAGUCUAUGUUACAUAUCAGAACAGGGGAAUUCUGCGGAAAGGGUCUCCAUUGCAAAACAAAUAAGGGAGAUUUAUUUCUAUUUCGUAUCAUGCUGAACAUUCCUGUUAUUGAUGUUUGUAUUAGUUUUAUGGUAGUUAAGUUUUAAAAGUGCGUUGUCCAGAUACAAAGAGUUCCUGCCGAUGAGAUAGGGUGACUGAAUUUUUUGUAUUUUGCAAUACAAGAUGGGUAAUGGUCCUUCCAAACUACACUUUCCUCUGCUAGGCAUGGGAGAGUGAUGCUGGUAGUCCUGUUAUUUUUCUUCCAAAUAUUCUAUGUAUAUGAUAAUGGGGGAUGGGAGGGGGGAUGAUGAUGCCACUAGGAAAAAAAAAAAAAAAAAAAAA